ACCAAACAGAACUUUUUAAAAACCUAACGUCCACCACUCACACGCGCACCACCGACCCGCGCAGGACACGAAGAUAAUACAAUUAUAAUCCACACAUUCAAGUAACCAAUAUCUCGUUUGUAUUAUAUUACAAGAAAUUACGUUUUUUCUGUUUUUUUUUAUUUUAGAAAAAUUCUGCAACAUUUCUAUCAUACAUAGAAUAUGUAGUGUCUUUGUAUCUCUAAACAAACUGGAUAAUCAAACAGGUCUGGUUUCUGCAGCAGGAGAGCUAAACUGUGAAAUGUGAUCAUGUAUAUAGGAUAGUUUUGCAUUGGGUACAACGUUGUUUUUCUUUUGCCAUACAUACUUGUAUCGAUUCUGUAAAUAUUAAGCAUUCAUAAUUUACGGUAUAGCAGAAAAUUAUCGAAAUGAUCCAAUCAGAUGACGCAGCCCCUAAUUAUAGAACACAGCGGGAUGUUGUGACAUCUGCACUUCAGUGCAGGAAGUGGAACAAUUUAAUGAGUAUGUUUUCAGAGAUUCGUUUAAGUGUUUGUUUAAAUAAACAAUGUAAUUAAACGUACAAACGUACACAGGAUUAGAAACUAUUGGGUUUUUAUUAAUCAAAACAAGUCAUACCCCAAGCAGUCUGGUUAUUUUAAACGCUAAUUUAGUUAAACCGUGCAAAGUUUCGUUUCUCGUUUGUGCCUGUGGGCUGAGGAGUUUCAAUUUGAAGACAUUUUCGCUGAUAAAGCAAAGGGCAAGCAAAAGAAUGAGCAAAAAGGACAUCUGCGAGGAGUACAAGAAGGUCUUGUACGCCAACGUUAUCUGCAGAAACGCUGCGCUGGGAGCUAUUACCAGGAAGUUGCUGAUAGAGGCAGGGAAGGAGCUGCACGGAUACCUGGAGAACAACGUGUUUGAGAUCAUCACAGAUUCCCUUCAGCGAGAGCCGUGUCUGGAGACGGGGCUGGAAAAGCUCAGGAAAGCAUUUGAAAUCCUGGAGCUGGCCUCUCUCAAUCUUUACUUGGGCCCUUGGCGACAAGAAUUCAAGAUCAUUAAGACUUACUCGGGUGUCUACAUACACUACCUGAAACCUGUCCUGUCUGAUCACAAUAUUGUGGAACUCUUUCAGAAGAUGGGCUACAGAAUAAAAGACAAGAAUCAGCUGGAAAUAGCUGUCUUACCAUCUUCUGAAGACCUGAUCAAACUCGCAUGUGGUUUCUUCACAGCCCGGUCUGAGUGUGACCUCCUGUUAGAAGUGUUGAAAGGACUGAAGGGCUUUGAUGCUUCUAUUCAACAUCUGAUAGCGGAGAGACUCGCUAUGAAAAGCCUUGAUGAAGGUGUGGAAAACCUCAAGAAAAAGAUCUUAGCCUUGAAGAAACAAAAGCAAAGCGACCCCUGGGCAAAAGAAGCUGCAGAAUCAGCAGAGCCUGCACUUGAUCUUUAUACUGAUCCAAAGCAGAAUGGAGGUGAACACCAUUAGGAGGCUGUGUGGUCCAGUGGUUAAAGAAAAUGUCUUGUAACCAGGAGGUCCCCGGUUCAAAUCCCACCUCAGCCACUGACUCAUUGUUUGACCCUGAGCAAGUCACUUAACCCUCCUUGUGCUCCGUCUUUCGGGUGAGAUGUAAUUGUAAGUGACUCUGCAGCUGAUGCAUAGUUCACACACCCGAGUCUCUGUAAGUCGCCUUGGAUAAAGGUGUCUGCUAAAUAAACUAAUAAUAAUAAUAAUAAUAAUAAUAAUAAUAAUAAUAAUAAUAAUAAUAAUAAUCAGUCAAGGAGCACAGAUAUACAUACCAGCAGCGCAUCCUUUAAUAGAACUGAAAGCAUCCCAGAACAGAUGUAUAAAGAUGAUUGUAGUGGAUUUAAUGCUACUUCAAGAUCUGGCAACUCAGUUGCUUGAACAGAAACCUACUCUGGGUAGCUCCUACCCUACUGGAGUCCAGUCACCAAGCCAACCUGAAUUUGGCUGCACACACUCCAGGAAAUCAACACUUCUUCAUACUGAAGACUCGAAGUCUGGAGCUGGUGUGAAUUCAGCUGAGAUGACAACAAGAAACACUACUGUUGGGAUGCAAAAGCCUAGUUACUCUCCAGGGGCAGACCGAAGUGAGGCAGAAAGAGCAACCAUUGGCAAGGAGAGGGACUGUCUGGAAGGGUUUGAGACCUGCAGAUGUGUAACCAAAGAUUAAUUUUAUAAAUGUAAACCAUGCAGAAUGCUUCAUAGCAUUUCGAUAAUUGCAGGGAUUGUGGUCAUGAGGUUAUAGUGUUCAGCUAUGAACGUGAAAACAGACGCAAUGUGCACAACGGUUUAAAUGCCUCUACAGAGAUGUGUCAAAGACCAGGGCACAACACCCAGUUUAUUUAUGAUAAGGAGGAUAGGAAGGUCAUACUCAAAAAUGUGGAGGACGUCCAGCAGCAUAUUAAGCCAUUGAGAUGACAAAAGCACAGUUGCAUUUCUGUCACUGAGUAUUCUUACUAUGUAUGCAUGACUUGCUUUGAGGUACAUUCAGUUUCAUGUGGAGAGUUACAAAACUGAAAUUUGCAUAAAGUAAUAUGUUUCGAGAAGUGUACAUGUAGUACAGAAUUAAAUAUAGAAAUCGAUGCUGUACAUGACCAUCUAUGAUGUUUGCUUAUUGUGCCGUCGUGCACUCUGCAAAUUGUGCUUUUACAAAUACCCACUUAAGUGUAUGUGUGGUCAGUCAUAUAUACAAACAAAACUGAAAUUUAGACAUUUUCAACUCAGAAGGCCUAGAUUCUGACCACGAAUAGGACAAUAAUCUUAAUUUACAGCAGGUUGAAUAGAGGGAGAUCUCUCAGGUUGAAAGCUAACCAUGUAAAGCUGAAAUUAACCUGUAGUUUUUAUUCACGUACUGUAAAUAUAUCUACUGAAUGUAAUGUUAGGGAUGUUCUUGAUAUUUUACAUUCUUGAGGGGGGUGUCUUUUAUAAACCGCAUACAUUUUUGGGGCAAAAAUCUGUAUAAACUGAAAAGGGUGUAUGCAUAGAAGAAAUAUGAACCAGUGCAUGCACUUGUGCCACUGUUAGUUUACCUGAGGAACCUGUGAUUUUUAAUUUGAGAAAUACAGCAGAGUGGUAAACAUGAUGUAUACAGAUACCAUGCUUUUAUCUGUGUAAUUAACUGCAUUAUACUGUUUCUUGCUGUUCCUACACUGGAGUGAUACAGUAAAACUAGAAAUAAUAUUCAGCAUGUCUUGUGUAAAGCUGUGUUAAAAAUCUGGGUACAAAUUAUGACAUGUUUAAUAAGCAGUACAACAGGCUAUAGCUUUACUGUUUAUUAUGAAAUAAAUCAAAUCCUAGUGUAUAGUUUAGAUUAACAAUAACUACCAAAUACUGCUUCACUUUUUGCUUUUGUCAGUCUUAAUAGUUCCUGAUAGCAAUUGUUCAGUUUUUUUUUCUGAUUUGCUGUACCCAGCAACCCAGAACUGAUGCCUGUUAUAACUGAAUACUGUUUGGUUUAAAGGUGGAUCUUGUUAAGAAUUAAGUUGAAAUCUGAACAUGAGAGAAAGUCAGCUUUCGUUUAAAGUAAAGGUAAAUUAAAAAGGACUGACAGAGUGAUGUUAAUAGUGAGCUUGUUUUUUUAUUAUAUAGUUGGACAGAAUAAGCUAACGUACUACAUUUCUUAGGCUGUAUGUGCUACUGUUUGUAUAAUUCCCAAAUGCUUGUUUUACCCUAAUAAUAAUUGAUUAAGUGAAAACUAAUUUAAUAAUUCGUAUUGUAAAGUAAUUCUCAUGCAACAGCAAGACAUUUUAGAUGGAUGUAUAACACAAAGAUAGCAACUCAAGGUUCAAUUAAACUGUCAUUCACUCCAAUGCAAUCGUUUUCUUACUGACUACAAACAGUAUGACCUAACUGGAUCCUGCUGCCUGUAACAAAAUCAAAAAUGGUGUUUUCCUUAAUAAAGCGUGUUUUGUAACACAUUUAAGUGGUAUUAAGCAGAGGAUAUAUCUGUAGACAACAGUAAAGCGUACUAUCCCUUUUAACAGUACAGUAUUUCACUCUGCGUGUCUUCAAUAUAAAGGUAGCUUCUUUACAAAUAAAACAGACAAUUUUUUGUUGUAAUUGUUAAAAAAUUGCUUUUAUUUACAAGACCCAAAGUAAAUAUACAAAAAUAUACUUGUAGCAGUAUCUGAUUUUUAAUACAUGCUUUGGUGUUUGCGGCUUUAAUCAUUUUUUUGUUUCAAAGUUACAUUUAUUAUGACACUGUAAGCAAUACUAUAGCAAUCUCAAUAAAGUGGGUUCUUGGAAUGUAUCAUUGAUUUUUGUUUUUAUGGUAAUCCUUAACAGUAGAUUUCUUUCUGAUGUUUUGAAAUUGUAGAAGUAUCUGUUUGGUGUAUCUUAUCAGAUCUAGAUUUUCAUGCCCAAGAGAAGCAGAAGCUGGAAUGCAGUGUAACGCAAUAUUUUUUUCACAGAAUUGCAAAGCCUUGCGAGGAAGGAUGUACACCGAGCAGCAGCAGCUCUGUGUGGAACCUCAAUGUGCUCACACGCAAAUACUGAAAGAGAGAAGCAUACUGAACAUUGAUACAAGCCAUUUUUAAGGUGCAUCUUCUUAGUUUUGU